AUGAAAGAUAUUCAAGAUAACUUACAUUCUUUAGAAUUUGAAUCUUAUUAUGAGUAUUUUUUAAUAAACACUUUUCAAAAAGGAUUUAGUAAAAGUGGAUGCGUCGAUGCUGAAGAACUUAAAAGAAGAGACCACGGUAUUUAUUAUCAAAAAAUUCAGAUGAACAACAUUGAAGAUGAAAAUGACACAUCGGAGAACACUCGUAAUUUUGGUGGCAGUUACCAAGGCUCUUCGUCAAAUAAAAAUAACUCGAAAUCACUGUCUAAACCCGUUACUAUUAGGAGAUCAUCUAGACUCUCAAAAAAAGAGAAAGAAAAGGAAAUUCUAAAACGGACAAGCGAUAAUAAGAAUCUAAAUAAUAAAAAAUUUAAGUCAGCCAAGGUAGGAAAGCCUAUCCCACAAAGCUCAACCAAUAAGAAAACCGAUGAUAUCGAUAAUAAAAUAGUUAUUUGUGAUUUAUUGGAAGCUUUGGUGGAAAAAAUACCCACACCCUCGAGACGUUCUGAUUGGGUAUUAAGUCCUAAAAAUAAAUACGUUCCAGAAAAAAAUACACCUAUUAAACCUAAAAACGACAAUUUGGUGAAAAUAUAUCAGUUGACAUCAAACCCUAAGAUACAAAACAUACUUAAAAAGUACAAAAAAAACUGA